CUGGCAAAUAUAUAUUUGUUCUGUACGGUCACAAUCUUCUUCACAUAACUGCUGUUCAUUCUCGACCAGCAUUUGAUGCAGUUGUGCCUUUCCGAUUGCUAAAUUGGUUAAAUUGUGAAAUUAUCUUAAUUACUUCUCUACUGAAAUAUGUCGUCAACUGAAGGCAAAGAUAUCACUUGCAAAGCUGCUGUAGCUUGGGAAGCUAAAAAACCGCUUGUCAUCGAAGAUGUGGAAGUAGCACCACCCAAAGCUCAUGAAGUCCGAAUUAAGAUCAUCGCUUCCGGAGUGUGUCACACGGACGCGUACACUUUGGGUGGAUUUGACCCAGAAGGAGUUUUUCCGGUUAUACUUGGACAUGAGGGUGCUGGUAUUGUAGAGAGCGUUGGCGAAGGCGUUACUGCAUUCAAGGCAGGCGACCAUGUUAUUCCGCUUUACAUUCCACAGUGUAACGAAUGCAAAUUCUGCAAAAGCAAUAAAACAAAUCUCUGCCAAAAGAUUCGUAUUACACAAGGCCAAGGUUUGUUACCAGAUGGAUCAUCACGUUUCACAUGCAAGGGGAAGACAGUAUUUCACUUCAUGGGCACUUCUACGUUCUCACAGUACACAGUAGUAGCAGAUAUUUCACUUUGCAAGGUAGACGAAAAGGCACCACUUGAGAAGAUCGGACUUCUGGGUUGCGGUAUUCCUACAGGUUAUGGCGCUGCUAUUAACACUGCUAAAGUGGAACCGGGUAGUAUUUGUGGAAUAUGGGGCCUUGGCGCCGUUGGACUAGCUACCGCUAUGGGUUGCCGAAAAGCUGGUGCAUCUAAAGUUUACGGCAUCGAUAUUAAUCCCGAUAAAUUUGAAGUUGCCAAAAGAUUUGGUGUAACUGACUUUAUCAAUCCCAAAGAUGUGGCCGAUAAGGGACCAAUACAAAAUUAUAUAAUAGAUCUCUUAGACGGUGGCUUUGAUUACAGUUUUGAAUGCAUUGGGAAUGUAAACACUAUGCGUGCUGCAUUGGAGGCGACACAUAAAGGAUGGGGUACAUCUGUUAUUAUCGGUGUUGCAGCUGCUGGUCAAGAAAUCAGUACUCGCCCAUUUCAGUUGGUGGUGGGCCGUACAUGGAAGGGUACAGCUUUUGGCGGAUGGAAGAGUGUCACAGAUGUACCAAAAUUAGUACAAGAAUAUCUGAGCAAAGAAUUGUUGGUUGAUGAAUUCAUCACACACACUAUGGAAUUGGAAGCAAUCAACGAAGCAUUUGAUUUGAUGCAUGCCGGAAAGAGCAUCCGCGCAAUUGUAAAUUUGUAGAAGGUUAAGAGAAGAUUUGUAAUAAAGCAGAAACUAUUCUCACGAAAACAA